AUGACGGCUAAAUGGUCAGGCUUGAAAGCAAAAUCCAGAAUAACCGCACCCACCUGCGAAAUGGUAGUGCGGGAUUCGGAGCGAGUGGAGGGUAGUCACGUCGGAGAGGAAGCGACUGAAGUUGAGAUUGAGUUGAUAUCGAACCAACCUCUCCCUCUCUCUCUCUCUCUCUCUCUCUCUCUCUCUAUCUAUCUAUCUAUCUACCUAUCUAUCUUGUUUUGGGAUUUUGUUUAUUUUCCUUCUUUCAUUUUUUUCCGGCUGGAAUUUUCUUCAUUUUCUUUCUUUCAUGUUUUAAUUUUCUUAAUUUUUCUUCUUUUAUAUUUUAAUUUUGGGAUUUUCUUCAUUUUCCUUUUUUCAUGUUUUAAUGCUGGUAUUUUUUUUUCAUUUUCAUUCUUUUAUAUUUUAAUCCUGGAACUUUCUUCAUUUUCUUUCUUUCAUGAUUUACUGCUGGGAUUUUCUUCACUUUCCUUCUGCCAUGAUUUUAUCAUUUUCUUUCUUUCAUGUUUUAAUCCUGGGAUUUUCUUCAUUUUCUGUCUUUCAUAUGUUAAUACUGGGAUUUUCUUCAUUUUCCUUCUUUCAUGUCUGCAUUUUUCUCAUUUUGCUUUGGUUUUUCUUGCCUUCUUUUUUUCUGUUUUUUCUUCUCUUUUUUUCUUUUUCAUUAUUCAUAUAUUUUUGUUUGUUUUUUUUAAUUUCUACUUAUUUUUCUUUAUACAAAUUUCUUUAUUUAUUUUUAUUUUUUCAAACAUUUUUCAAUGUCUUUUCUUUUUCCCUAUGCCUGAAUUUGUCAUCCUUUUUUUUCUUUCUUUUUUUUUCUUUUUUACAUAUGACAUUUCUAUCUAUCUAUCUAUCUAUCUAUCUAUCUAUCUAUCUAUCUAUCUAUCUAUCUAUCUCAUUUUGUUCGUAUCUAUCUAUCUAUCUAUCUAUCUAUCUAUCUAUCUAUCUAUCUAUCUAUCUAUCUAUCUAUCUAUCUAUCUAUCUAUCUAUUUCCUAUCUAUCUAUCUAUCUAUCUAUCUAUCUAUCUAUCUAUCUAUCUAUCUAUCUAUCUCAUUUUCCCUUUCUAUCUAUCUAUCUAUCUAUCUAUCUAUCUCAUUUUGUUCGUAUCUAUCUAUCAUCUAUCUAUCUAUCUAUCGCAAUCUAUUAUCUAUCUCAUCUAUCUAUCAUAUCUAUCUAUCUAUCUAUCUUUUCUUUGUAUUUCCGUCGCUUCAAAUCUAUUCAAAUUGUCAUAUCUAUCUAUCUAUCUAUCUAUCUAUCUAUCUAUCUAACUCUUCUUAUAUAACUAUGCAACUAUCUCAGUCUAUUGGUAUCUAUCUCAGUCUCUUCAUAUCUAUCUAUCUAUCUAUCUCAUCUAUCUAUCUCACAUAUAGUGUUGACUCCUGUAUACACACUGCAUCUAUCUAUCUAUCUAUCUAUCUAUCUAUCUAUCUAUCUUAG